UAAUAAUAAACCGGAGUUAUUAGGAGAUAGAGAGAGAAAGAAGAAAAUCACAGAGAGAUUUGGAGAGAGAAAGAAAAUGAAUGAGAAAUUGCGCGCGAUGUCGUUUUCAUGAUUUUUAUUUUUUUUUUGGUGGCAAAAUAUUCAGUUUUUCCCUCUAAUUUCAAAAUCUGUCUGUUCAAGGUUUUGAACCUUUUCGUCUUCCCUCUUUUUUUUCAUCUCAAAACCCUAACCUCUCCAAUUUUUUUCUUCAUAAUUUAAAACCUUUCACGCUUAAUUUUCUUUCACCAAAAAAAUUAACGUCUCAGAUACACUAUUCUUUUUCAUUCUCUGAAUCAAAUCAUCUCCUUUUGAUUUUGUUUUCUUUGUUUUUUUCUUUCUGAAACCCUAAUUUUACACUCUGAUUCAAAUUUCGAUGUCGUGUUCGAAUUAUCCUAAUUCUUCACCCGGCGAACAACAACGGAACCAAACGAAUUCAUCUUUAUCGGUUAGUUUACUUUCAGAAAUGAAUUCACGGUCUAGGGUUUCGGUUCAUGAUCUUGACGGAGCUUCCGUUCCAACGCCUCCACGCGUUAACUCUCCUCCGUCGUCAACUCACGCUGUUAAUUUGACCGCGCUUUUCGAGGAAGAAGCUCCACAGGAAGGUCCUAAUGAGUUUCCCACUUUUGAGAUAGUUAACGACGAUUCGUCCUCGAUUUGGCCGGAGUUGAUGGAUUCCGACGAGUGUCGUCCUCUGAAUUCGUGCCGGGUUUCUGCUGUGCCACCGGAAGGGUGGAUACCGGCUGAUGUUUCUGAUGAUAAUUGGUUGUAUGACGACGAUGAACCCUCAAAGGAUGUAACUGAUGAUUCUAAAGUGGUGCCAUCGAUGAUUGGUGCUGGUCUUGCAAACCUUGGUAACACAUGUUUUCUAAAUUCAAUUAUGCAAUGUUUCACGCACACAGUGCCACUAGUUGAGGGUCUUCUUUUGUGCAGCCAUUCUCCUAAUGAUGGCCAUAAUGGGUACUGUGUUAUUUGUGCUUUCCGCUAUCAUGUUCGACAUUCGUUGCAAUCUACUGGAAGAAUUUUCUCCCCUGUGAUACUGGUGGAUAAUUUGAAUCAUUUUUCUUCUCUAUUUAGAAGACACCAACAGGAAGAUGCACAUGAAUUUAUGCAAUGUGCAUUGGAUAAACUUGAAAGAUGUUUUUUAAAUUUGAAGAAGAAUGAUCCAAGUUUUGAGGAUGAUAAUAUUGUAAACAAAGUGUUCGGAGGUCGUUUGGUUAGCAAGCUUCGAUGUUGUAACUGUGGCCGCUCUUCUGACACUAAUGAGCCAUUGAUUGACUUGAGUCUGGAAAUAGAAAAUGUAGAAACCCUUUCAAGUGCUUUAGAAUCUUUCACUAUGGUGGAAGACAUUGAUGCGAAGUUUAGAUGUGAGGGAUGUAAGGAAGAAGUCUCUAUGGAGAAACAGCUUAUGUUGGAUCAGACACCUUCUAUUGCAACAUUCCAUUUAAAGAGAUUUAAAACAGAUGGGAUCUUAGUUGAAAAGAUUGACAAGCAUAUUAAUUUCCCGUUGGAGUUGGACUUGCAGCCUUUCACCAUAUCAAAUGAAAACAAUAAUGUAUCAUUGAAAUAUGAUCUAUAUGCAGUUGUUGUUCAUAGUGGAUUUUCAUCUACCUCUGGGCAUUAUUUCUGCUUUGUUCGCUCUGCUCCAGACACAUGGCAUAAACUGGAUGAUUCAAAGGUUAGUAAAGUAUUGGAAGAGACUGUGCUAUCUCAAGAAGGAUACAUAUUGUUCUAUGCUCGACAGGGUACACCUUGGAUUUCAAGUUUUAUGGAAUCUCAAAUUCCAUGCUUGGAUCUGAGUAGGAUGAAUACAUCUCCCAAGUCUGUUUUAGACAUCACUGAUGGCCAGAAUAAAUCAUUUCCUAUUUUACAUGAAAAUAUUGAUAGGAGUAAGGCAGAUGAAUCCAAAGAAUUUUCUGAGAAGUAUUCUCUUCAAGAAAGUUGUGAGUUUCUUGAAAUCGAUGACAUUAUUAAUGCAACUCAUGACUAUGAGUAUGAAAAAUUUCCUGCUCAAAAAUCAAAUCAGAAAGCUGUUAAUUUGAAUGGAUUGGAAGAUAUCAAUGCCCAAGUGCUACCUGAGAAUUGUACCAUGAUGACCGGUAAUGCCAAGCAUGGUGGUAGUUCAUAUACCGAGUAUGGUGCUCCUGAUAAAAACAACCGCAGUCCAGAAAUUGUUGAUUAUAGAGAGAAUGACUGCUUCAAUCCUUUAACACCUCCCAACUCCCCCCCUUUUGACACUCCAGGUAAGACUUUUCAGAUCUCACGUGAUCAUUUGAAGAUAGAGAAUCAAGGGAGCAGCGGUAAAAGAUCAUCAUCAAAUAAGUUAACGGGGAAUUCUGAAAAAAAAGCCGCCCUCACAUAUCUUAAGAAGAUGUCCGGUUCAAGGAGAAGUGUACUUAUGGACUUAGUUGGUGAUUGUCAUAGCAAAUCUUCCUCUGAGAACAAGAGAAAAAAAAUUGAUUCAUUGCAGUCUGACAAAGGCAACACUCUUAGUGCUCGCAAGAAAUCAAGCCAUUCUUCUGUCACCGGCUACCCUGUGGCAACUAGAGUUUCACAGUGAAUAGUCUUUGACUUUAGGCAUGUAGCUUUGUACUAGAUUUUUUUUUUUGGUGAAAAACCUAUACAUGUAGCUGUGGUAUUUUUGCUAAAAGUUGUCAUUACCUCCAGCCAAAUUGUAUAGUCACGACACACCCUUGUUUCCCCUCUGCAUGAGGUGACCAUGGAAAGUAAUUGUGGACAAGGAUGUAAUUAUAAAUGAUAGCAUUGGUGAUGAUAAAUAAUACUAGAACGAUUUGUUGUCA